AGAGGUUUUUCAAAACGACGCCCGCCAUUUUAAUGUUGUUGUAGUUAGUCGUCGGAUCGAAAUAGUGAGUUUAUUUGUUUAAAAAAAGGGAUAUACCGAUAUACCACCUAUAGCAGGGAUGGAGUCUCGCUUCUCUUACCUGCGCCAGCCGGACAGCAGUGUCUCCAUGCUGCGCAUCAAGAUGUCCCGGCGUCGCUCGCAGUCCCAGAAGGAGAACCGGGACCGGGCCUUGACCCGGCUGCGACGCCUCGACAAGCUGCCGGAGCUGGACGCAUCUGCCCUGGACGUGUCGGCCGUCGGUCAGGUGGCGGUAUGUCGCCAGGAGACGGUGCCGACAAAAAAACAAGGCAGAGAUCUAAACGCUGCCGUGGAGGAGAGGAGGAAGAUGCUGACCCGCUAUAAGGAAGCCAAGGAGCUACAGAAGGAGAAGGAGAAGAGAGAGCGGGAGAGGAAGGGCGGUGUCUUUAAGGUGGGCCUGUAUAAGCCCCAGGCCCUGGCCUCUCUGUCCCAGGUGUCAAGUGCUCCAAGCAGGGCCAAGCCUCUGGUACCAGCAUCGGUGCCUGUCCUGUCCAGCCGCGUAACGCGCUCCAUGAAGCAGCAGCCGGUUCAGAAGAUUGCCUUGCCUGUAAUGCAGAAAGCUGUACCCAGAAAAGUGGAACCAGCUGUAGUCAAGCCACCAGCAAGUAGAGUAAACAAACCCACAGUGCCCUCAUCAGGAAGAGGCAAAGCAGCAGCAGUGGAGGCCGCUGUUAGAACACCAGCAACCAGAUCUGCCAGUGAUUCACAGACCUCCGCCCAAGCAGCUCUGCAGAAACCAGCUGGCCCUACAACCAGAUCGUCCAGUAAGCAGCACAUGGAGCCCCCUAAAGGCAGAGCCAAGCCAGUACAGGGCAAAACUAAGAUGCAAACCAAAGAACAGAAGGCUGCUGUUCAAGAUGAGAGGGAGAAAUCAGAGGCUGCUUCCUCCCACCCCCCCGCAGGACCGACGCGGGGUGCCAGGGCAGACGAACCUCCCGACCCCCCUUCUUUUGCACCCCAGGGCUUUGUGUUCCAUGCGCCCGCUGGUCUGAAGCCCUUCCAAUGCGCCCCCCUCACUCCACGCUCUGCCGAUGCCUUUCUCACUCCAAGCGCUGCCCCCCCGCCCUUCUCCUUUCUCUCCCCCGGGGUUUCCCGGCCCUCCGUAAAGCCGGCUUCUCCCCGGCCUCCUUCUCCCCCGCCUCUGCGUCGUACCCCGUCGCCCCCUGCAGGUCCGCAGGAAGCACAGCACGACGUUCCCUAUUUCAGGGCGAUAAUGGCGAGUGAGACCGGGCGACUGAGCGGGCUCUGUGAGCAGUGGGAGGCCCGGACCGAGGACUCCUCCAUCCCGGAGGAAGUCAGGGAUGGUAUGCGCACGGCGAUUGGCCAGGCGCGCCUGCUGAUGAAGGAGCGCUUCAGCCAGUUCGAAGGCCUGGUGGACGACUGCGCUCUGGGACGCGGCGAGAAGAUCACCACCUGCAGCGAUCUGCAGGGCUUCUGGGACAUGGUGUACUUCCAGGUGGAGGAUGUGAUGAAGAAGUUUGACGGUCUGAAAGCGGCAGAGUGCAGGGGAUGGCAAGACGAGCCCAAGUCCCGGCCCCGUCCGAAACGGGCCGUCAAGAAAGCAGCCCAGACGGCCCCCGCUAGCAAGAGCGUGGGGGAGAGCGGGGCGAGCGCCGCGGCCAAGAGCCGGCUGGCGGCGGUGAAGGCCGCCAUGAGGGCCAGGCGGGCAGCUGUGGCCGAAAGUGCCGAGCCUGCCGCCGACGCCCCUGCGGGCGAGGCAGUGCCCCCAGAGCCGCUGGCCCCCGCCGUGGUGUUCCAUGGGGGCUUCUUCAAGGUGGAGAGCCCUGCCAAACUGCCCGGUCCUUUGAGAAGAUCUGCUCGGCUGAGCGCGGCCGCCUCCCCUGCUCCCGCUUCCACAUUCACGACCCCGGCGAGGUCUCGCCGCUCUGACGCGGUCAAACCUUCCCCCGUUUGCCAGCGGCUCCUCACCCUCUCCCCACCGGCGAGCACACCCCCAUGUCGCACCCCUCAUUCCCUCUCCCAGUCCACCCUCCCUCAGGGUAACACCCCUAGCGUCUUCCGUUCACCCUCAGGUCAUGUGACUCAGGAAGGUUCUCCUAAAAAUGGCUGCCCUGCAUUUCAGGAAGGCAGUGACAGUAAGAAGUCCGGUUUUUCUGAUGACCAUUUGGAGUCUGAUCUGGCCGAUGCCCCUUUGCAGUCGCCAGAGUCCCCCAGACUGGGCAGCCCUCUCCCCGCAGAAUCGGAAACUGGCGUUGAGCCACCUCAAGUCGAAGAGGUUCAGGGUCUCGUAGCAGAGACGGAGACAGGUGAUCAGGCUGGUUUGGCUGUAGAGGUGGGAUGUCCUUUGGCUCACCUGUCAACCAAAAAUCUGGAACAAAAUUCAAGCUUUCUUCACUCACCGUCUCGUAAACCGAAUUCCCCCCUGGCCAGUGCCCAUGGGCUUAGUUUUACCCUGUCCCCCACCCCGUAUGAAAGUGCCCCAGUAGAUACUGGGCUCACUGCCCUCAGUGAGUUGUCCCUAAGUCCCCCCCAGCCUACCUCCAGUGCCGCCCCCGAUUCCACACAGCACCCCCCAAGCCCCGCUGUGGACAUGGACAUGAGUUCAACCCCAGACUCCUCCUACGUUGAGUACAUCACAGGCCUGGACUUCGAGCGCUACUUGCGGCCCCCGAUAAGGAGCAGCCUCUCGCCUCGGCGGCCAGCCUCCGCACAAGCAUCGCCGAUGGCUGUCGACGUGAACGCUGGCAGCCCCGAGCCCCAGCCGGGAGAGUGGCCUGUGGGGGGCGCUCUAAAUCACAUGGGUCCAUCCGGGGAGCUGAGGGCUCUGGGCCCAGCGCUCGUGCAGCCGGCGGAGGUAGGCGUGGCCCAUCGCAUGCUCCGCGCUCCAUCAGACGGGCUCUUUGCGUCACCCAUCCCCUUCCCUCCACCUCUCUCCCCCCAGCCGCCAGGUUCCAGCUUGCUGCUUUUCACCCCGGAGCAGAAGGCGAAGGUCCGCCAGUCAGUGUGUGGGAGGGACCUCAUGAUGUUCACCCCUCCCUCCAGCAGCUGAAUGGAAGCGUGAGCCUUACUUUUGGCUCGGUGAAGGAGACCUUCAAUAAAAUGUUGUAUCUUAA